CAUUCCUCGCUCAAGUCGCGUGAAAGUUGGACGGCAGUCGGCGCAAAGAAAGCAAACCAGCAGCAACCUUCAGAAGAAAGCAAUUCAUUCACUUCGGUUUCAAUUCUGUUUUUAUCGUCAGCCAGCGAGAAAGAACAAACAAAAUAACUCGAAGCGCAGCGAACUGGUCCGCUUUGACCCACAUACGAGCGGAGCCCGCUAGAAUUUCGAGGGCAGAGUGAAAUUUAUAUACACUACCGACCAAACACCCGACAGCAACAUCAACAACAACAACAAUGUGCCGCAAAUUUGGAAUAGUAUUGCUGCUGUCCACAGUGGGCGCCAUUUGGGCCCAGCAACAGCCCUACUAUCUGCAGCAAUGCCCACGCGACGAGGCAGUUAUCAAUGAGUGUCUACGUGACAGCGGCAACAAAUUGGUGCAUUAUCUACAGAAGGGCAUACCCGAAUUGGAUAUUUACGAGAUUGAGCCAGUGAUUAUUGAUGAGAUUGGCAUUGUGCUGGGCAGCGGCCCGGAUGGCUAUCGUGCACUCUUCCGCAAUAUCCAAGCCUUUGGCGUUAGCAAUAUAACUGUUACAAAUGUCCGCUCUGACUUGGAUUCGCUGCAGUUCCAGCUGACAUGUGAAAUACCCCGCAUACGCGUCAAGGCUCAAUAUCGGUCCACAGGUGUUCUGAUCUUGGUAAAGGCCUCCGGUGCUGGCGACUACUGGGGCGAAUACGAGGGUGUCAAGGCCAAGAUCUACUUCAAGGCUUUGGCCAAUGAGGCCGCCGAUGGACGCACAUAUCUGACCACCGACUCGGUCAAAAUGGACUUCAAUGUCAAGGAAAUACAGAUGGGCGUAGAUAACAUUGCCAACGGCAACACAGUUAUACAGGCCGCUCUCAAUCUGUUCAUCAACUCGAACUCCCAGGAGCUGCUCAAGGAAAUGAAGCCGGCGCUUCGCACCAAACUGACUCUCGUCAUACGCAACUUUAUGGAUCGCCUGUUUGCUAAAAUACCGCUAGAUGAAUGGAUCAAUUUGAAUUAGUUAGUUCUUUUCAAUUUAGCGUCCGAAGAGUACUAUAGAAUAGCUAAGCAUUAAUUUAUUGCACACAAACUCACCCAAGAAAAAAAUAAACGAUCUAAUAAACAACUAUACGAAAUAUACAAAUGUAAAUCGAAAACAUGUGAAUACUUUAUUUGUGUCAAAAAUUAUAUGAAUUCGCUGGUUAUUUAAUUUCCGCUAUAAAAUGUGGCUUCUGCUUUAAUACUGUUUCAGCAUUAUAUAACUGUGAUCACAGGUUAAGAGUUGGCUCGCUAUUAUCAUUAGGUCGCCGGCAAUGGGAGGGUCGAUAUGAAAAUUGAAGGUCUCGACAUUAUGAAUGAAUGCAAAACUGUAAAAUGAAAUUGAAUAACAUGAAAAUAUGCCAUCAAAAGAAUGUGUUACGUUGGUAGCUGACGACUAAGAAAAAUCUUGGUCACAAUACAUGAAUAUAUUUCAUUCUCACCUAUUUAGAUCGAUUACAAAGCGAAACAUCGAAAAUGUUGUCAAAGAUCAAGGAUAGAAAAGCCAUAACAGACGCCAUGGGACGCCCAUCAGUUGUCGCAGUGAACCAUGUCAGCCGUAACCGUACCCGUAGUCACAGUCUUGCCUUCCGAGCUCCAGUCAAAUUAUAUAAUAUUCCGAUGACAGGCGAUGCAAUUUCUAAAACAAAGCUCGACGGAUUGUCAACACGACUCGAGGGCCCCUACUUACAAAUUUUCUAAAUUAAGUGCCUUGAAAGAGAGAAACAAAAAAUCAACAACAUUAAUGAAAGUAAUCGAACAAAUCGUAUAAUUAAAUAUAUUUAUAUAUAAGGUA